CAAUUCUCCUCAGUCUUGCAACAAUUUCAUAAAGAGUCUGUGUGUGCGCGUGUCACACAGAGCAAUCUUCUCCAUAUAUUUAGAGGAAGAAGGCCUAUCUAACCCCCUAUAUAUUUUGCCUUUAUCAGCUCUAGACUUCGCCCACUCGAGAUAGAUAUAUCAACAUAGUUUCUUUCUUUAAAUUUUCAUUAAAGUGUGUCAGGAGUUUUGAUGGGUCUUCCUCAAUCGCCACCAAUCUCACCACCUCAUCUGUAUCCUCAGGCGCUUCAGCUCAAGCUUUAUCAGGCCUUCAUAUUCUCCAUCCCUAUUCUCUUCUCCAUCAUUCUCUUCUUGCUGUUCUACCUGUUCUACCUAAAGAAGAGGGCCUCUUCUCUCUCCUCUCCCCCACCUGCCCUGCCUGUAUCCUCCAACCGAGCACCUCCUUAUGUCUCCUCGCCAUGCCAAGUGGGAUUGAAAGGAGAGCUCAAAGACAAGCUUCCAAUAGUACUGUUCGAUGAGGAACUCGGAGCAAACGAUUCGCAGUGUUGCGUGUGCUUGGGAGAGUUCGAAAUGAAAGAGGAGCUGCUCCAAGUGCCGUCCUGCAAGCACGUCUUCCACAUCAACUGCAUCCACCACUGGCUCCACUCCAACGCCACUUGCCCUCUCUGUCGCUGCUCCGUCAUCCCCGCCGCCACCGCCAAGUCUCACGGCUCGCCGCAGCCACACCAAGAUGGCCAGAGCUCCUCGGACCCCGCGCAGGCAUUCAUUCGGCCCGAUCUAGAGCAGCCGCAGCAGCAUCGACAAGAACAUGUCACUGUGCCAAUCCAAGGUCCGAGCUCAAGUGGGGAUGCAUGUCCUGGGGACUCACAAUCCGUGAUUGUCAAUGUCCAAGCGCUCGAGACUCUACGAAGCACGAUUUGAGAGGCUCUCUCUCUCUUUUUGGUCGGGCAUGAAAUUCUAGGGUAACGUGCUAUUGUAGUUUGCAGAGAUAGAAAAUUUUGCUUUUUUUUUUUCCCACCACUCACACUCUUUUUUUAGGGGGGUCAAAAUUGAAGAAUCAGUCUCAAGUCUAAACUAGAGUAAUAAAAAGAGCAGUUGAUGACA